UAGGAUUGUAAACAAUUUGGUUUCUUGCAUUUGUUUGAUUUUGCCCUGUGUUUUAGCUUACCAGGCGAUUCCAUCAUGUUCGAACGCAAUCAGAAGACCAUCUUCGUGCUGGAUCACACGCGCUACUUCAGCAUCGCCAGCGAGGAGUACAUUUCGAUGGACUUCUUAAAGGGAAAGCCCUCAUCGGAUGGCGGUGGACCGGGAGCAGCGGGAGCUGGUGGAGCCGGUGGUGGCGGUGGAACCCAGUUCAGCAAAAGCCUGUGGACUUGUGCCUGCGAGUCUUCUAUCGAGUACUGCCGUGUGGUCUGGGAUCUCUUCCCAGGCAAGAAACACGUUCGCUUUAUUGUCUCAGACACGGCGGCUCAUAUUGUAAAUACCUGGAGUCCCAGCACGCAGAACAUGUCGCACGUAAUGAACGCCAUGGUGAUGGUGGGCGUGCCGUCGCGCAAUAUGCCCCAAAACUCGGACUAUUCGGUAAUCCAUGGACUGCGAGCUGCCAUCGAGGCUUUGGCUGAACCCACGGACGAGCAACUGGCUGCAAUGGCCGAACUUGGUCCCGACGAACUGCCACGGAUUCCCAACAAGGGUCGCGUCAUCUGCAUCACCUCGGCGAGGGACAACACCAGCAUGAAGAGCCUGGAGGACAUAUUCAAUACGGUGCUGGUUCAGCAAAAUGCGCUGGCAGCUCCGCCCGCCAAGAAAGGCCUGGCCAUCGAUCACUGUCACUUGGUCAUCUUAAACAUUGUGCCCCUGGGCGUCGAGUCACUGGUCACCAACCGCAGUCUGCUGAAUAUAUCACCGCUGCUUGAUGUCGAAAUCCACACGGUUAGCGCACCAGACAUCUCGUACAAGUUGACGCACCUCAUCUUGAACCAUUACGAUCUGGCCAGCACCACGGUAACCAACAUACCCAUGAAGGAGGAGCAAAAUGCCAACUCUAGUGCAAAUUACGACGUGGAGAUACUCCAUAGCCGGCGAGCCCAUUCCAUUACUUGCGGGCCGGACUUUAGUCUGCCCACGAGCAUAAAGCAGGGAGCAACCUACGAAACUGUGACCCUCAAGUGGUGCACACCACGCGGCUGUGGUUCAGCGGAUCUGCAGCCCUGCCUGGGUCAGUUCCUGGUCACACCCGUGGACGUUACUUCGCGGCCCAGCUCCUGUUUAAUUAACUUCCUGCUGAACGGACGCUCUGUGCUGCUAGAGAUGCCACGUAAGACCGGCUCCAAGGCCACCAGCCACAUGUUGUCCGCCCGCGGCGGCGAGAUCUUUGUCCAUUCGCUGUGCAUUACGCGCUCUUGCAUGGAUGAGGCUCCGGCGAUUGCCGAUGGACCCGGAGGUCGCGUCUCGGAUUACCGCACUGCUGAACUGGGCCAGCUAAUCAAAAUGUCGCGCAUGGUUCCGCUGAAGGUGAAGGAUCCGAGUGCUCCCAAUUUGGCGCGUCGUCUCCCGCGAUAUUUUCCCCUGACCACCAGCUCUUCGAUCCUGUUUCACCUGCAACGACAGAUCAGUUGGUUGCCGCACUUCCUUCAUUUACUGGUCAAGGAGGACAUGGACAAGCAGGAGGAAGUCCGUUGCCAGCAGCACAUCCACGAGCUCUACAAGAGCGCCUCGCGGGGCGAUGUUCUGCCCUUCACGCACACCAAUGGAGCUAGGUUAAAGCACUCCAAAGCAAAGGACCAGUAUCGCUUGCUUUACAGGGAAUUGGAACAGCUUAUCCAGCUUAAUGCCACCACAGGGCACCACAAGAAUCUACUGGAAAGCCUGCAAAGCUUGCGAGCCGCAUACGGCGAUGCUCCACUUAAGUCAGAACCGGGUUCCAGCCUUCUACGCUCCUACACGGAAUCCCCACUCUCUCCUGAGCGCCUGGAUCCCAUGAACAGCGGAAGUGCCAGUGGCAGCAACAACUCCAAUAGCCUUCUAAAGGCUAGCAAGCGCCGCAUGUCUAGUUGCGGCCAAAGAUCCCUGCUCGAUAUCAUCUCCUCAGCGGAGCGAAGUCAGUCCAACAAACGCUUGGAUUUCUCGGGUCGUCUCUGCACGCCGCUGGGGCAAGUGGCGAUGUUGUAUCCAAACUUUGGCAACAAGGAGAAGGAUUCCCUAGCGACGGGAGCCAGCAUUACACCCAAUGUCAAAGAAGAGUCCAUACGCAGUUAAAAAGGAUUUGAGGAGACCCGCUUCUCAGCUAGGAGUACAAUUAUAAAUAUAGAAAGAACAUUUUUGUAAUUUGUUUCCUUAAAUAUGACUUUAUUUUUAGCUUAAUUAAUUCGUUUUGAGUGUGGCAAUUCAGUUUUUUUCUAGAAUUCUUUGAAAAAGUUUUUUUCCUUGAUUAAAUCGCUUAUUUAGGGCUCGAAAAUCAUUGUGGAAAACAAAUGAUGUUAUUAUUACUUAAUGUAUACUGCCUCAAAAUGUAUUAAUUUAAGAUUCAAAAUGUAUGUUUAACUUAAGCCAUUAUCUACCAACGAUCGAGAGUUUUUGGCCUACCGCACAGAUGUAUACUAUUAAAAGCUUUUAAAGAUAAAAUAAAUUCAUGAAAUCCUAAAAGUUUUAA